UCCCUCUCCGCCAGCGACUAAUCUUUCACGCCUGGCGAAAUUUCUCUUGGAACGCUUGGGAGGUGCUGACGGGCGAAGAUGGUCUUUGAGGAAGAAGGUAUGCACUAAAAAGAACAAAAGAUUUCCCCAUCUUCUUUAACAGCUGCUGUAUGGAGUAAUGCUGACUUUCAGAACUGGAGAAUUCUCUGACUGUUGUUUCUUUAAAUGUGAUUGAAGAGAAUAACUCAAAAUGCCUGAAAAUCCUGCUGCAGAUAAACUGCAGGUCCUGCAAGUUCUUGAUCGCCUGAAAAUGAAAUUGCAGGAAAAGGGUGACACAUCACAGAAUGAAAGGCUAUCUAUGUUUUAUGAGACAUUAAAGAGUCCCCUCUUCAACCAGAUACUCACACUUCAGCAGUCCAUCAAGCAACUAAAGGGGCAACUUAGCCAUAUGCCUUUGGAUUGUUCAGCCAACUUUGAUUUUUCUAGGAAAGGUUUAUUAGUGUUUACGGAUGGUUCCAUUACUAAGGGGAAUGCCCACAGGCCCUCUAAUAACUCAACUGUAUCUGGGUUAUUUCCUUGGACUCCUAAGUCAGGAAAUGAAGACUUUAACUCAAUUAUUCAACAGAUGGCUCAGGGCAGGCAAAUUGAAUAUAUAAAUAUAGAACGGCCAUCAACUGGUGGCCUUGGAUUCAGCGUGGUGGCUCUUAAAAGUCAAAAUCUUGGAGAAGUUGAUAUCUUCGUGAAGGAAGUACAGCCAGGGAGUGUAGCAGACAGGGAUCAAAGGUUAAAGGAAAAUGAUCAGAUAUUGGCCAUUAAUCACACACCACUAGAUCAGAACAUUUCCCAUCAGCAAGCAAUUGCAUUAUUACAACAAACCACCGGGUCUUUGUGUCUGGCUGUGGCCAGGGAACCAGUCCACACAAGAAGCAGUACUUCUGCCAGCCUAAGUGAUACAACUCUGCCUGAAACAGUUUGUUGGGGUCAUAUUGAAGAAGUUGAGCUCAUUAAUGAUGGCUCUGGACUAGGUUUUGGAAUAGUUGGAGGCAAAUCAAGUGGCGUGGUUGUGAGGACUAUAGUUCCUGGAGGAUUAGCAGAUAGAGAUGGAAGACUCCAGACGGGGGACCACAUCUUGAAGAUUGGUGGCACAAAUGUGCAGGGAAUGACCAGCGAGCAAGUGGCGCAAGUGCUGAGGAACUGUGGGAAUUCAGUCAGGAUGCUUGUUGCUAGAAACCCAACUGGUGAAAUUUCAGUGACCCCUCCUACCCCUGCAGCCCUGCCUGUUGCCCUGCCCAGUGUGGCCAACAAGAGCCUUGGUUCUGACAAUUCUCUUUUUGAAACCUACAAUGUUGAACUCAUUAAAAAGGAUGGACAGAGUCUUGGUAUUAGAAUUGUUGGCUAUGUUGGAACAUCUCAUACAGGAGAAGCUUCAGGAAUUUAUGUGAAAAGUAUAAUACCUGGCAGUGCUGCAUGCCACAAUGGCCAAAUUCAAGUGAAUGACAAAAUAGUUGCUGUCAAUGGUGUGAAUAUUCAGGGUUUUGCCAACCACGAUGUUGUUGAAGUAUUACGAAAUGCAGGCCAGGUGGUACACCUAACCCUCGUUCGAAGGAAGGCAUCCUUAUCUGCUGAACUUGAAUGGCCUUCAGACAGAGGGACUGUUGUGGAACCACCAAAAACACCAGCCCUCUUUCUCACUGGAGCAGUGGAAACAGAAACUAAUUUGGAUAAUGAAAAUGAGGAAAUUGAAGAAAGAAUGGAUAAUCUAAAAAAUGACAACAUACAAGCCUUAGAAAAAUUGGAACGAGUCCCAGACUCUCCAGAAAAGGAGCUGAAAUCCAGAUGGGAAAAACUAUUGGGUCCUGAUUAUGAAGUAAUGGUUGCUACUUUGGACACAGAGAUUGCAGAUGAUGCUGAGUUACAGAAGUAUUCAAAGCUGCUGCCUAUUCAUACUCUGAGGCUUGGAGUGGAAGUGGAUUCCUUUGAUGGGCACCAUUAUAUCUCUUCAAUUGUUCCAGGUGGUCCUGUUGCUACAUUGAACCUCCUACAGCCAGAGGAUGAGCUUCUUGAGGUCAAUGGUGUGCAGCUCUUUGGAAAAUCUCGCCGAGAAGCAGUCUCCUUUCUUAAAGAAGUGCCACCCCCUUUUACCUUUGUUUGCUGUCGACGGUUGUUUGAUGAGGAGGCCUCUGUCGAUGAACCAAGGACCACUGAAGCCUGUCCUCUUGAGCUGGAGGAUGACCACAAUAUAGAUGUCAAUACUGAAGAAGAUGAUGGGGAAUUAGCACUGUGGUCCCCUGAAGUCAAGAUUGUUGAGCUCGUAAAGGAUCACAAAGGCUUGGGAUUCAGCAUUUUGGAUUACCAGGAUCCCUUAGAUCCCACGAGAUCAGUGAUUGUGAUCCGCUCCCUGGUAGCAGGUGGUGUAGCGGAAAGAAGUGGUGAACUUUUACCUGGAGAUCGCUUGGUCUCAGUCAAUGAACACUGUUUGGAUAACACCACUCUUGCUGAAGCUGUGGAAGUGUUGAAAGCUGUGCCACCAGGCACUGUGCACCUCGGCAUCUGUAAGCCUUUGGUGGGAGAUGAUAAAGAGGAAGAAUGUCAUUAUAUUUUACAUUCAAGCAAUAACGAAGACAAGACUGAACUUUCAGAAACAAUUCAUGAAAUAAAUUCGUCUUUAAUCCUUGAAGCACCCAAGAGAUUUAGAGAUGAAUCAUAUUUUAAAGAAGAACCUGUGGAUGAACCAUUUGUAGAUUUGGGGAAGUCUUUCCAGUCCCAACAGAAAGAAAUAGACAACAGCAAGGAGGCCUGGGAGAUGCAUGAAUUUCUGACACCUAGAUUGCAAGAAAUGGGUGAAGAAAGAGAAAUGCUUGUUGAUGAAGAAUAUGAGCUAUAUAAAGAUUGCUUUCACUCCAUGGAGUUGUAUUCCUCUUCGCAUGUGCAAGAGGCCAUUCCUCUUCCCUCCCCAAAGGAACAUCACUUUGGUACACAGUGGUUACAUCACAGUGAACCACCUGAGCCUCAAGAAGCAAGAUCCAUGCUGAGUACAUAUGCCCAGGAGACGCAGCAGUAUGGCUACAGCUCUGAAAACAUGAUGAAAGAAAAUUUUGGCAUCGAUUCCUUACCCUCUAUAACCUCAAAUGAAGGCAACAGUCAACAAGGCAGAUUUGAUGAUCUGGAAAAUUUUAAUUCAUUAACAAAAAGCAGUCUGGAUUUAGGCAUUAUGAUUCCAGAUGAUGUCCAAGGUUCUAGCUUGCUUGUUGACCUUCCUGCUGUGGCUCAAAGAAGGGAUCAAGAAGAACUGCCUUUAUACCAACUCCCCAGAACCCGAGUUUUUUCAAAGGCCUCAGCAUACACAGGAAUGUUAUCCUCUAAAUACGCCACUGAUGCAUGUGAGUUACCUGAGAGAGAAGAAGGCGAAGGAGAAGAAACUCCAAACUUCAGCCACUGGGGUCCACCAAGAAUUGUUGAGAUUUUUAGAGAACCCAGUGUGUCUCUCGGUAUCAGUAUUGUUGGUGGACAGACUGUUAUAAAGCGCCUGAAGAAUGGAGAGGAGCUUAAAGGUAUAUUUAUCAAACAAGUUUUAGAAGACAGUCCAGCAGGAAAAACAAAAGCUCUUAAAACUGGAGAUAAAAUACUUGAGGUGUCUGGAGUAGAUUUGCAGAAUGCUUCACACAGAGAAGCAGUUGAGGCCAUUAAGAAUUCUGGAAACCCUGUGGUGUUCGUUGUUCAGAGCUUGUCAUCCACUCCAAGAGUCAUUCCUGUUGCACACAAUAAGGCCAGCAAAAUCGCCAGUAACCAGGACCAAGAAAAGCAAGAAAAGCAUCAGAGGCGAGGAACUGCUCCACCUCCAAUGAAACUGCCCCCUCCUUAUAGUGCUCCAUCUGAUGACAGUGAAGAAGAUGAAGGAGAAUAUGCAUUUACUGACAAAAAAAUCAGGCAAAGAUAUGCCGAUUUACCUGGAGUGCUGCACAUUAUUGAACUUGAAAAGGAUAAGAAUGGACUUGGACUCAGCCUUGCUGGUAAUAAAGACAGGUCACGCAUGAGCAUAUUUGUGGUAGGAAUUAACCCAGAAGGGCCUGCUGCCACGGAUGGACGGAUGCGUAUUGGAGAUGAAUUGUUAGAGAUAAACAAUCAGAUCCUGUAUGGAAGAAGUCAUCAAAAUGCAUCUGCCAUUAUUAAGACUGCCCCAUCAAAGGUCAAGCUGGUUUUCAUCAGAAAUGAAGAUGCAGUCCAUCAGAUGGCUGUUCCUCCCUUCGCAUUACCUUCAAUUUCCCCGUCUUCUGUCGAGGAUCAGAGCGGCACCGAACCUGUUAGUAGUGAGGAUGACGGCAGUGUCGAAAUUGGUAGUAAACAAUUGCCUGAAAGUGAAAUUUCCAAACUGGAAGACAUCUCCCAGGUGGUCAACCAAGGUGAGAUGGCAGAUCAGCAGAAGGCAUUGGAGUAUCCAACUGACAGUGUUAUCAGCCAGAUGAAACAGCAAAAACAUUCGAUGAAAGUCUCCUUCAGCUCACAAGAGACACCUUUGGCACCAACUACAUCAUACUAUUCAAAAGAAGCAGACUUUACAGGCUAUGGUGGUUUCCAGGCUCCUCUGUCUGUGGACCCUGCAACAUGUCCCAUUGUCCCUGGCCAGGAAAUGAUUAUAGAAAUAUCCAAGGGACGUUCAGGCCUUGGUCUCAGCAUUGUGGGAGGAAAAGACACUCCCCUGGAUGCUAUAGUUAUACAUGAAGUCUAUGAAGAAGGAGCAGCAGCCAGAGAUGGGAGACUUUGGGCUGGUGACCAGAUAUUAGAGGUAAAUGGGAUCGAUCUGAGGAGCGCCAGCCACGAAGAGGCCAUCACGGCCCUGAGGCAGACCCCCCAGAAGGUGCGGCUGGUGGUGUACAGAGACGAGGCACACUACAGGGACGAGGAGAACUUGGAGAUUUUUCCUGUGGAUCUGCAGAAGAAGGCCGGCCGAGGACUGGGGCUCAGCAUUGUUGGGAAACGAAAUGGAAGUGGAGUGUUUAUUUCUGACGUCGUGAAAGGUGGAGCAGCUGACCUUGAUGGGAGAUUGAUUCAGGGGGAUCAGAUCUUAUCUGUGAAUGGAGAGGACAUGAGAAACGCCUCACAGGAGACAGUGGCCACUGUCCUCAAGUGUGCUCAGGGGCUUGUGCAGCUAGAGAUUGGAAGACUCCAAGCUGGGUCCUGGCCCUCCUCGAGGAAGACAUCACAGAACAGUCAGGGGAGUCAACAUAGCACACAUAGCAGCUUUCAUCCUUCUCUCGCUCCUGUUAUCACCAGCCUACAAAACCUGGUCGGUACAAAAAGAGCUUCAGAUCCUUCCCCCAAAAACCCAGAUACAGGACCAAGGACAGUAGAGAUAAUCAGGGAGCUCGGUGAUGCCCUUGGAAUCAGUAUUGCUGGAGGAAAAGGAAGUCCCUUAGGAGAUAUCCCUAUAUUUAUUGCCAUGAUUCAGGCCAGUGGAGUGGCAGCACGUACACAGAAGCUUAAAGUUGGAGAUCGGAUUGUCAGCAUUAAUGGGCAACCUUUGGAUGGGCUGUCUCAUGCAGAUGUGGUUAAUCUGCUGAAGAACGCCUACGGGUGCAUUAUCCUGCAGGUUAUAGCAGAUACCAAUAUAAGUGCCAUAGCAACUCAGCUUGAAAACAUGUCUACAGGCUACCAUCUUGGUUCACCCACUGCUGAACACCAUCCAGAAGACACUGAAACACCUCCACCUAAGAUAAUUACUUUGGAGAAAGGCUCUGAAGGAUUGGGGUUUAGUAUUGUAGGGGGUUAUGGAAGUCCCCAUGGAGACCUGCCAAUUUAUGUCAAGACUAUAUUUGCAAAGGGAGCAGCUGCAGAUGAUGGCCAGUUGAAGCGAGGUGAUCAGAUUUUAGCUGUUAAUGGUGAAACCCUGGAAGGUGUUACUCACAAGCAAGCUGUGGCCAUUCUAAAACACCAGAGGGGGACUGUAACCUUAACUGUGUUGCCAUGAGCCUCAGCUCCAGACCGCCAGAUAGAUGUUUUAGAAUAUCCAAAGGAAGAUGAAGUUCUGGGUAGAAUGGAAAGCAAGCUCAACCUUCAUUCUCACCACCUCAUGCUCUCUGCUUAGAAGAGAUGGCUGAGGCUUCACGGGAAUUUCCCAAAUCAACCAUCAUCUCCCUAAUGUCUGUGGCUUCUGUCCCUCUUGUGAGGUUAAUUUCUAAAACUUGAAUGAGUCUUAUAUGUUUUGCAUUUACCAUCAAAGCCUGCCAACUAAUAGUAAAUGGUUCUGAUUGUAUUUAUGGAAACUGGAGUUAACAACCUCAUGCCUUCCUCUCCCCUUCCCCUGCUCAUGAGAGGCUUAAAAGCAACCUCAGAUCUCAUCUGAUGAACAGAAACAAUUGUUAAGCAACUUGCCAUCUUACUCAUGAUUUACUUAUGCUAAUUGUCUCUUCAAGUAUGCCAGAAAACAUUAGCAGUGUAAUUAACUUACCAGUGAUCCCCAUGAUGAAAUACCAAAUUCUCCUAUGGGAAAUUACUGUGCUGUCUUCUGUAUGACUUACAGUCAAAUAAGUCUCAAAUUCAUUUCUUUGGAUAGAGCUUUAUCAGUUAGUCAUUGGUGAUUUUGAUGAGUCAAUUUGCAGAUUGUAAGAGGAAAAUGCAUAUAAUCUUCUACAAAUUUUAAAAGGCUUUCUAAUUGUUUUCUGAGCUACACAAAUGCAUACCACUGAGCAAAGGCACCUCAUUCCCCACGGGAGCAAUGAGCAUCCAUGUUCUGAAUGCUAACAAUGUUAAAUUAAGCUCAAGUCUGGAGGUUCAUCUGGAGUGAAUGCUGACUCAGGAGGCAGGUAGCAAAGCAUUACCACCACUCAGUCUUCAGAUGAGGCCAGAACCCUAGUCACGCUGCAGAGAUCAGCAUGUUUUGCCUCAAGUCAGAUGAAGUCUGGGUGAACUUGGCCUUGCAUGAAGUACAGUGACAAAUUUGAUUAUCCUUCCACUUAGCUCCAUAACAGUUAACCUUGCAGCACAGACUGCAGGAACCUAGAUAGAGCAACAUGCUUUGCCACAAGUGGCUGAGCAAAUGAUCUGGAACUUGGGAUCAAUGAUGGAAAUGCUUGGCUAAUGUUCCUGGUCUUUAAGGAAACUCCUCUUUGCUGGAGUUUUUAGCAUACUAGGAAAGCAAAUAUGACAGAAAAUAUAAGAAUACCUUAAAGUUGAUUGUGGACAUUUUAUUCAGAUAUUAGCAGGAGAAAAGGUGAAAUGCUUAUUAGUGAACAUUAUGGGGUUCUCUAUAAAAUAUCUACUAUGAAGGAUGAGUACCAGGGUCAAUUAUAGAAGUAGUUUAGCAUUAUUUAACUAAAACACAAUGCUGCAAAUCGUUCACAGUAAUUAUGAAAUUUUAAUGGGCUCUAAUUUAAAAUGUUAUUUAAUAAGUAUAGAUUUUAAUUGAGAAUUAUCUUUGAGUAGAUAUAAUCACAAAGUGCAUUAACUUUUCUUGGAUAUUUUGUGGCUAUUCCAAAGUAUAGAAUGCCCCAAUUUUGUGUUAAAAGUGUAUUUCAUGACUGGUAUUAAAUUUUCUGAAAUUACACAUGGCUUUUGAAAUUUCACAUGGCUUUUGAAAUUUCUGAUGUAUUCACAAUACGCAGUGGUGUUAGGAUUUGACCUUUUAAUGCAUGAGAAGCUACCAACUUCUGAAUGUUCCUUUAUUAAUUGCAUGUGCAAAAACACCUCAGGCAGCCAAGAAGAAACAAAGUCCAAAUAAAACUUGAAAAUGUACCUUAAAACAUAUAUAAUACUUUUAAAAUGUGAUUCUGCUUGAUUUUGAUGGAAUGGCCAUUAAAUAUACCUUGUGGAACAAUGCGUUGUGGUUUUUUUUUACACAUUAUUGUUUUAGGUCAUGCCAUUAAAAGUCUAUUCAUAAAGGAAUUGUGACGCUUUAUACUCCCUGCAGUAAAUUGACAGGACUAGUGCUUCUCAAAACUGGUUCUGUCUGUGCUUGCAUGACUAAUAAAUUGUUACC